CCAGCCCCCCACACACAAGGGGCCUGCGAGCUUCCCAGGCGCUGCAGCCCCCCUGCCCGCCUCCGAAGGAUCUGGAAAUAGCCCCAGUCAAGAGCCAGGAUCAUCCAGGGUUCUCUACACCGCAUCUUCCUGCUUGGGACAUGUGAUACGUCCACAGAGGAGGACUCGAGACCUUUGGAAGAUGUGGCCUUCCCCUCGCCUCAAAUCCAGCCAGUCCUCGCCUCCAGAAAGAAAUCGGCCGCAAAGCAAGGAGAUUGUGUGUGUCCUGUUGGAGGCUGAGCAGCAGCAAAGAGCCAAGAUGGAAGAGGAAGAGGCGGCAGCCCGGGUGGAAGGGAAAAGUCCCGGGAGCAGCAGGGAGUCCUGGGAAAGACAAGUGCAGAAGAUCCUGGGGGAGGACAAGCCGAGCUCCGACGUACAGCGCCAGCGCUUCAGGGCGUUCGGCUACCAGGAGGCCGAGGGGCCCCGAGAGGUUUGCAGCCGACUUCACGACCUUUGCCAUCAGUGGCUGAAGCCAGAGAAACACGCCAAAAGCCAGAUCGUGGACUUGGUGAUCCUGGAGCAGUUCCUGGCUGUCCUGCCCCCGGAGAUGGAGAACUGGGUCAGAGGAUGUGUGCCAGAGACCAGUUCCCAGGCGGUGGCCCUGGCAGAGGGCUUCCUCCUGACCCAGGCACAGGUCAAGAAGCAGGAAGAGGAGCAGGAGCCAUCAGAGGUGGCCAUAGAUUUCUCCGAGGCAGAAGAGGUUCCAUCGGACACGACACAGAGGCUGCUGUUCAGGGGUAGCUUGGAGGACGGCAACGCAGAUGCUUCCUCUCUGGGGAAUGGAACGAGACUUGGAGACAGUGCGGUGAUGCCGGGCGUAUCUUCUAAGCCUCCUCCUCUCUGUGGUGGAAUGGGAAGGGCUUGUGUGCGACCAGAACAGAGCCUGGUGUCCUUCGAGGAGAUGGCCGUGCAUUUCACAGCGUUUCAUGGAGCAGGAGGAGUGGAGUCCGGAAGAUCCAGGCCAGAGGGCUCAACACAAGGAAAUCGCAGGGGGGAACUGUGGAGUUGUGAGACUGCGGCCUCUCUGGGGCUCCCGGUUCCCAGAUCUGACCUCAUCGCCUGGCAGGAAGAAGAAGAAGAAGCAUUUAUCGAGGGUUCUGAGGAACCAACCGAUGAUGAGAGGGAGAGUAACGAAGAAGGUGAGCAGCAGAGAAUAAAAGUGGAAGAAAAACAGAGGUGGGGGAACAAAGCCAUUGUUUUUGAAGGUACUGACUUCCAUGAAAUUCCGAUCCUGGAGGAAAGCUAUGAAGGAAACAACGGAGAGAAACUGUUGAUAUGCUCUGAGUGUGGAAAGAGCUUCAGUCAUGAGAUAUAUUUUACUAAACAUCAAAAAAUUCACGCAACAGAGAAAACAUAUACAUUCUUGGAGGAUGGAAAGCAGACCAAUCACUCCUCAGAUCUUAGCUUGCAUCCAAGAUUCCAAACAGCCAAGGACCCUUAUAACUGCUUAGUGUGCGGAAAAGGUUUUAGUGACAGCAGAAACCUUAAAAGACAUCAAAGAAUUCAUACAGGGGAGAAGCCGUAUAAAUGCCCAGAGUGUGGAAAGGGCUUUAGUCGCAGCCCAGAACUUAAAGCACAUCAACGGAUCCAUACAGGGGAGAAGCCUUAUAAGUGUGCUGUGUGUGGAAAGAGGUUCAGCCAGAGCUCAAACCUGAGUAAACAUCAAAGAAUUCACACAGGGGAAAAGCCCUAUAAAUGUCCAGAAUGUGGAAGGAGUUUCAACCAUAGCACGCACCUCAAAAGACAUCAAAGAAUUCACACAGGUGAGCGGCCCUAUCAGUGCUCCGAGUGUGGAAAGAGCUUCAGUCAAAGCGUAGUCCUAAAAUUGCAUCAAAAAAUUCACACGGGGGAGAAGCUGUAUAAAUGCACGGAGUGCGGAAAGAGUUUCAGCAAUAACGGAAAUCUUAAAAAACAUCAAAAAAUUCACAGAGGAGAGAAGCCAAAUAAAUGCUCUGAGUGCGGAAAGAGUUUCAGCAGUAGUGGAAACCUUAAAAUACAUAAAAAAAUCCAUAGAGAGGAAAAGCCCUAUAAAUGUUCUGAGUGUGGGAAGAGUUUCAGUCAAAGAAUGAUCCUUAAAUUACAUCAAAGAAUACACACUGGGGAGAAGCCCUAUAAAUGCCCUGAGUGUGGAAAAAGCUUCAAUGAUAGCAGAAGCCUUAAAGUGCAUCAAAGGAUUCACACACGGGACAAGCCCUAUAAAUGCUCUGAGUGCGGUAAGGGUUUCAGUGUUAAAAAAAGCCUUAAUGUACAUCAAAGGACUCACACCCAGGAGAAGCCUUAUAAAUGCACUGAGUGUGGAAAGAGUUUCAGCGACAGCAGAAUCCUGAAAGUGCAUCAAAGAAUCCAUACAGGGGAGAAGCCCUACAAAUGCUUAGAGUGCGGGAAGAGCUUCAAUCAGAGCCCGCACCUCAAAAGACACCAGAGGACUCACACAGAGGAGAAGCCCUAUAAAUGCUCGGAGUGUGGAAAGAGCUUCAAUCAGAGCACACACCUCAAUUCUCACCAAAGAAUUCACGCCCGCGAAAAGCCCUUUAAAUGCUCGGAGUGUGGAAUGAGUUUCCUUCACAGUAAACACCUUCACUCACAUCAGAGAAUACACACAGGGAGUAAUCCUGUCAAGGUGGGGAGAUCUUCAGUUUGAAGAACACAUCCCUUCGUUUUAUAAGAUGCUAACCCAGAAGAACACAUAUGAAUACUUAGAGUAGAGUUUAUUUGUCCGAUCAAACUAUAAUAACCAGCAGAGAAUUCACACUAGGGACCAGCUAGAUAAAAGUGUGGCAGAAUAUUCCGUCAUCAUGGUGAGGGGAGCAGUUAAAUUCAGGGGGAGCCAGGGUCUGACUAGUGUCUGAGUAGUCUUGUGAAUGGGCCCUGGUCCGGUCACCUGUGAUGACUAAACCUUGCCUCCCAGUGACGAUUUGAGUUCAAACUUGCCACAAGGAUAGGUCCAUAAGCACAGCUGCCUGCUCAAGGCGCAUUUUGCAAGAGUCUGUAGUGCAGCCUAAUAUUAUAUUU